GGGCAUGGUGUGUUUACCCGGGUUGCCUGGAGGCACCAGGCACCUCCAUUGCGACAUCAGAUAGGUAUUAACAUCAUUACCAGACAGAAGGAAACAUCUAGGUACGGACGUACUCGCGCGUCUCAAAUCCACCUUUAACACCAUGGGUGAGACCGAGAAGCAGCCGGAACAACCUAAGGCUGUCCAGCAGAAGAUGGUCAUCGCGAACAAAGUGACCGGGACCGUAAAAUGGUUCAACGUUAAAAGCGGAUAUGGUUUCAUCAACAGGAACGACACCAAGGAAGAUGUGUUUGUCCACCAAUCGGCCAUAGUGAAAAACAAUCCGAGGAAGGCCGUGCGCAGCGUCGGAGACGGCGAGGUCGUGGAAUUCGAUGUCGUCAUCGGCGAAAAGGGUCAUGAAGCCGCAAAUGUCACCGGUCCAGCAGGUGAAGCGGUUAAGGGCUCACCAUAUGCGGCGGACAAGCGUCGUGGAUACCGCGGUAUCCACUGGGUGUACCCAAGACGCGGCAACGGACGACCUCAGAAUCGUAGACCACGCGAAGGCCAGGAAGGUGGUUACGAUCAAGGUGAAGGAAAAAGCGGUGACGAUGGAAAUCUGACCGAGGGCCAGGCACCGCAACAACAACGUCGCUAUAGGUUGCGACGCCAUUACGAUGGUUAUUACCGCGGAGGACGGCGUUCCGGGCCCGCUCCCACGCAAGGAGAAGGCACCGAGGGUAGUGAACAAGUGGAAGGAAACGGAGAGGGUAAUAUCCCGCCGCGCGGUGGCGGUCGUGGACGCGGUGGUCCGUCACGACGUUACUUCCGCCGUAAUUUCCGCGGAGGAAGAGGUGGUGGUCCGGUACGACGUCCUCGCAGUCAGGAUGGCCAAGUUAGGUCGGAGCAGAAGUCGGAUGCACCUAAAGAUUCAGAUGCACCUGCCGUGGCCCCUGCUCCACAGGAGAGCCAACCGGUGCAAAACACCACCACUGAAAGUACCGCUUAACCGAGAGAGAAUAACGCGCUACUACCGUAAGAGAGGACACUCCUUUUAAUAUAUAACACCAACACCCGUUAUACACACCACAACAAUAUCAACAACAAUAAAACAAUUGCAAAAAAAAUCCAAAAAAAUAAAAAAGAAAAAAAAAUAUAAGAAAUCAACAAACACUACUCCACACUCUCGCAAAUUAUGAUUAAGAUAUGUAUGAAGAAAAAACGAAGAAUGUGCGUUGAUUAGGGAAUGUGCGGAAAUCAAAUUUCACCUUUUGAGCGAAGUAAAACUUUUGUUUUUUUGUACUUUCGAAAUUUUCACGCACAGUGAAUAAUGUUGAAGAAACGAUAGAGAUGCGAAGAUGAAAUUCUUCGCGACUCUAAACGAUUCUUUUAAAUGAUUUAAUCAAGGGUAAUUAAACCGCGUAAUGAUUGCAACGUUGUACGACGGUUAAUCGAAUAAGAAUAAGAUAAAAACAAAGAGUAAAGCAAUUACGGAGUACGGAGCGAGAUGAAUUCGAGCGCGGGCAAGAGAUAUAAAUAUAUACAUAUACUUUGUUUUUUUUGUUUUUUUGUGUAUUUCUUGUUUCAUACAUUACUUCUGAUUUUUCUCCGGACGCAUUACAAAUCGUUUCAUGUACGAUAUUUGAGUUUAUUGCUAUAUUUCCGAGAGUUUUCUUCACUUUUGGCGACUUUUUCAUCGAAAGACAAAUCGAUUGAUAUUGAACGGAGUACCACUCGAAUUUUUGUCCGUCUCGAAAUCAUUCGUUUAUUUUCGGCUUAUAUAUUGAAAUUGGUGGACUACCGUAUUGCUUUCGCUUUUUUUUGGGCGCAAUUUUACCUGGCGUUGGUCGACAAGUGUAUAGCACAAGUAUACAGUACAACAAUUUUGAAGUAUGGUUCUCAAAAUUAUCCCGUAUUUACGCCACACGCUUAUUGAUCGAUGCAAAGUAAAAUUAUGAUGAUGCGGUUAUGUCAAUUUUCUUAUACUUUAUAAGCAAUUUAUUACACGUAGAAACGAUUAUUGUAAUAGCAUUUAUCUUGGCCAUAUUUUUUAUAAUUGUCAAUACUGGCCCCUGGCGGGUCCCGCAGUGUACAAUUCAUUAACGAUUAUUGUUGUUUUGACUUUACACAUUAUUGAUUAAUCGGGAAUUAGGGCGCGUUUCGAGCGAAAGUUUGUGAGGUUCCGCCUACUCAAAAAUGCAUCCAUAUCCGAUAAUGCAAAUAGUAAUAGGACUAAUAAGGAGAAUACUGAUCAGAUAGAAGUAUCUACAGCGUGUCAUUGAGAAAAACAAUUAAUUUAGUCGCCCUUUAAUGCGUCCAAGCUUGAUGUCAGCGAUGCUUGCAGCCUGAAUGAAAAAGAUUCAUCUCGUAACAUCUCGCAAACUUUCGCGCCAUACGAUACACCUCGGAUACUUUUGUUCUCCUUCCGAUUAUUGUUUGUAUUAUCGAUAUGAAUUUUGGAGCAGGAACUUGACGAACUUUCGUGUCCUAAUUCGCGAUUAAUCAGGUAGUGUCUACAGCGUGAGUAAAUCGUCCGGUCGUUUCUAAAAUUGACAUCGGUCGACAAUUUGUACCGAGCAAGUCGUUUUUUUAUUAAACCAUUGAACGUUUGCAUAGGGCAAUCGACUCGAUUUGACUUUUCGAAACAAGAGCCGGGCGUAUCACACACAUCGGCUCGAUUGACGAUACGAAUAA